ACAUCUUGGGAAGGGUGCUGUGGGGCGGACUGAGCAGGGGGAAGGGAAGGAUUCUGUCCAGGGGUGCUUAGCCUGUGCGCCUCCGUGAGGGGCUUCUGUCUCGGAACUCAGUGAAGAAUUUCAAUUGGAAUUUCAUUAUGGGGGCCUCAGUCUGGGGCUUUCCGAGUGCCCUUGGGCUGUAGGGUGUUUUGCAGGGUCUCUGGUUUCUCAGACCAGGCUUUCCAGGGCUGAAUUCCCCAAGCGUUUUUAAUUUUAAUUUUGCCUAACAGCAGUAGCAGCCCCUCUGACAGACUCCUGACUAACCAUCAUAACUGGGAGGGAUGGGACCCUAGGGUCCCUCCUCAACAGGCUCUGUCCUGGUCGCGUGGCGCAGCGUUGGGAUGGCUAGUGACAGGAGGGGCGGUCCCCUCUUUCCCGAAUCAGCGGAGGCGGAAACUUGACACUUCGGAACUGGGAGUGGCUGUCUUCUUCCCUGGUGCUUAAAAACUUCAGCCUUGAGGCUUCAGCUCAGUUUACUGCAUCCCAUCUCCCUUCCUGGGUCACUCUGUGAAGACAUCGGCUCCUACUUUGGGUUACUAAUGGCAGCUGAGCCGCUGACAGAACUGGAGGCAGCCAUUGAGACGGUGGUCACCACUUUCUUCGCCUUUGCAGGGCUGGAAGGACGGAAAGGCAGCCUGAGCAUCAAUGAGUUUAAGGAACUGGUCACCCAGCAGUUGCCUCAUUUGCUAAAGGAUGUGGGCCCUCUAGAUGAGAAGAUGAAGAGCUUGGAUGUGAACCAAGACUCGGAGCUGAAGUUCAAUGAGUACUGGAGACUGAUUGGGGAACUGGCAAAGGAAAUCAGGAAGGAGAAAGCCUUGGAGAUCCGGAAGAAGUAAAGCAUGCUCAUUGGGAUUGGGGCCCAGCAGAGACAGCUGGGCAGGGCCAGGCAGAAUCCCACUCCCCCAAUAAAGCUUCCUUCUUGAAACACA